UCAAAUCUCGCGCAAGCCGUGUGUGCGCAUUUCUUUGUUUUUAUGUAAAAUUGUUAAGAAUUUUGUAAUUUAACAGUGAAUUUUGUAUAAAUAUACCUGGAGUAAGUGAAAAAUCCUCAGACAGUAUCAGUCAUGGAUGUAGCAGACACAUACGCCACUCAAAACCAAGUAAAAGAUGAGGUUGGAGUUCGAUGCCAGAAGCUUUUUCAAGAUUUCCUUGAAGAAUUCAAAGAAGACAAUGAAAUCAAAUACGAAAAAAACGCUAAGGAACUUCAAAAACCAGAGUUGAGCACAUUAGAAGUUAGUUUUGAUGAUGUUGAAAAGUACAAUCAGAAUCUCGCAACAACAAUAAUUGAGGAAUAUUACCGAAUUUACCCAUUUCUCAACUUAGCCAUACUUAAUUAUGUACGAAGCCUCGCUGACAGUGGUAUGAAAAAAGACUUACAAGAUAAAGAGUGUUAUGUGUCGUUUGUUGAUGUGCCAACGAGACAUAAAGUGAGAGAGUUAACAACAGCUAAAAUUGGUACAUUGAUCAGAAUAUCAGGGCAAAUCGUUAGAACGCAUCCGGUACAUCCCGAGCUGGUUCUUGGGACAUUUGUCUGUUUGGAUUGCCAGACUGUGAUCAAAAAUGUUGAACAACAAUUCAAGUACACACUACCAACAAUCUGCCGCAACCCAGUGUGCGCCAACCGCCGCAGGUUCAUGCUGGAUACUGACAAGUCAGUGUUUGUGGACUUCCAGAAGAUCCGCAUCCAGGAGACGCAGGCGGAGCUCCCUCGGGGCUGCAUCCCGAGGUCGCUGGAAGUCAUAUUGAGGGCUGAAGCGGUGGAGUCUGUUCAGGCGGGAGAUCGCUACGACUUCACUGGCACUUUAAUCGUGGUACCUGACGUGGGGGCCUUGUCUAUGCCUGGAGCUAAAGCUGAGCUAACGACGAGGACGCGGCAGGGGAAUGACGGCCAGAUGGAGGGCAUUAAGGGGCUGAAGGCUUUGGGAGUUCGAGAGCUACAUUACAAGACAGCAUUCCUAGCAUGCAGUGUGCAGGCCAUAUCGCGCAGAUUUGGUACGGCCGAGCUCGCAACUGAUGACCUAACUACUGAAGAUAUGAGGAAGCAGAUGACUGAUAAGGAAUGGGAUAAGAUAUAUGAGAUGUCCCGCGACCGCAACCUGUACAACAACCUGAUCGGCAGCCUGUUCCCGAGUAUCCAUGGCAACAAUGAGGUCAAGCGGGGGGUGCUGCUCAUGCUGUUCGGGGGAGUCGCCAAGACUACUGUGGAAGGAACGACUCUCCGCGGCGAUAUAAACGUAUGCAUAGUAGGGGACCCUAGUACAGCCAAGUCUCAACUACUGAAGCAAGUGAGCGAGAUGACCCCGCGAGCUAUAUACACCAGCGGGAAGGGAUCCUCCGCCGCCGGUCUCACAGCCGCCGUUGUCAAGGACGAGGAGUCAUUCGACUUCGUAAUCGAAGCGGGCGCGUUAAUGUUGGCCGAUAACGGCGUGUGCUGCAUAGAUGAGUUCGACAAGAUGGACCUCGCCGACCAGGUCGCCAUUCAUGAGGCCAUGGAGCAGCAGACCAUAUCCAUCGCUAAGGCGGGCGUGCGAGCGACUCUAAACGCCAGAACAUCAAUCUUGGCUGCGGCCAACCCAAUCGGCGGACGAUACGACAGGGCAAAGUCCUUGCAACAGAACGUAGCCCUUAGCGCUCCUAUCAUGUCUCGAUUUGAUCUGUUCUUCAUACUUAUCGACGAGAGCAGUGAGAUGGUCGACUACGCUAUAGCGAGGAAGAUAGUGGACUUGCACUGUAAUAAGGAAGAAACUUAUGAUUGCGUAUAUUCGAGGGAAGAUCUGCUUAGGUAUAUCGCGUUCGCGAGGUCGUUCAAGCCUAUUAUUACUGAGGAUGCCGGUAAACUACUAGUGGAAUACUACACAGUACUGAGGACACGCGAUGGCAGCGGCGCUACUGGGGGCGGGUCGUGGCGCAUCACUGUGCGACAACUCGAGUCUAUGGUGCGACUUGCGGAAGCGAUGGCGAAAAUGCACUGCAGCGGACACGUCACACCACAACAUGUACACGAAGCUUACAGAUUGCUAAAUAAAUCAAUAAUCCGAGUGGAGCAGCCCGACAUCCACUUGGACGAAGACGAGCCCCAGCUGGAGCCGAGCAUGGACGUCGACCAGGACCUGCCUAAUGGCACGAACGGCACAGAAAACGGCCACGAGAACGGCGACUCGGCUCCUAAGAAGAAAUUAACCCUGUCGUUCGAAGAGUACAAGUCCCUGAGUGACAUGCUCGUGGUAUUCAUGAGGAAGGAAGAGGCGGAUUCUGAGACAAGAGGGGAAGAAAGCUCGGGCAUGCGCAAAAGUGCAGUAGUGAGCUGGUAUCUAGAACAGCUGGUGACGCAGGGAGCGAUAGAGAACGAAGAUGAACUGGUGGAGCGGAAGACUCUCGUCGAGAAGGUCAUCGACCGGCUUAUGUACCAUGAUCAAGUAAUAAUCCCUCUGUCCACAACCGGGUUGAAAGCGUCACAGAAGUCUUCAGACCAAGAGGUGGAAGACGACCCACUGUUAGUGGUACAUCCCAACUAUGUAGUAGACUCGUAAGCUAACAUUCCUGAUUAGUUUGUAAGCCUUGAUGCCUUUCUAUGAAGUAUUAAGUGUGUACUAAUAAAUCACUUGAUUUUUUUUUUA